CCGAAUAUCGGGAUAUAUGGGAGGAGCUAGCUGCCAGCUGGAGAUCGAGAGACAACAUUGAAGUGCCUCAUUUUACCCAGGCCCAGGUAGCAGCUGAGCUGAGACUAGUAGCUCUCCUCUCGUGUUAUGUUGAUCAGAUACGGUACCAAAAACAGCCUGAAGAAUACAUUUUGAUCAUUUUGACAAAUUCUUUACGAUACAUGAUAAGACCCUGUUACUAUCAGCAAGGGAUCCUUCUUACAUUCACUUACAGUAUAGUGAGCAUGGAAUAAACUUCAUAAUGCUAAUGAACAUCGAUCAUCAAUAAUAGGAAGUAGGACAAGAGCUGGAUCAGGCAACCAGUAACAUCUACAUUGUAAAUAUGGCUAUACUCACCAUGACAGGACAAUAUGUAAUGCAUCUCCUUCGACAUCGUGUGCGUGAUCUUGUCUUCCUCUUCAUUGCUAUUCUUCUCUUGUGUCUUUACCUCUCAUGUCAAAAUACAAACAUUGGGAGCAGCGAAAGACUACGAGGGAAGGGGGGUAAUAUUGCUGUGAAAACCGGCUUCAAGAUCGAUGGAGAUGGAUAUGGGAGCUUCAUUGCUGGUAAUGGGAGAGAAAAUGGAAAAGGAGGUGGACAUAGAUUUGAAGGAUACAGGAAUAUAUUAGAAGGGAUGGAUUUGGGAGAUAGAGAUGGUGUCUUGGAUACCAAGGAAGAAGAAGAGAAAACAUUGGGAGAAGAUACAGGAGGAGGAGAAGUGCUAGAAAAGAAAACCCCUUUGCUAAUACAUCUGCAGAAGCUUGAAGAUGAGAGAGACUUGAGGUUUCAAGAUGCAGCCAAGGUUGCUAUGGUAAGAGGAGAAGAUGAUGUUAUUAGAAGAGAUCUUCCUUUCUACAAACAAGCCUUAGAGAAGAAGGGUUUCAAGGUCAUAGUUCAAAGAGAUGAAGCAGUCAACAGAGUCCUUGGAGAGGUGCAAACACAAGUUGUUAGUUCGCAUGAUGAUAGAGCUGACUGGGAAGGAUGGAUGAUUCUCCUCUGCUUAUCUCUUGGUGAAGCUGAGGAGACAGGAUGCAUGCAGAGAUCAUCUCAAUCAAGAUUAGAAAAACAUCAAAAGCUUUCAGUAAUUCUUCAGAAAAGAGAGUUUGUAAUCAAUAGAAUACCUGGAAUGAAAGAUGUUCUUUGGAGGAAAGAUGCUUUCUGUUACACUACAAAUGAAGCUCGUAAAAUCCCAACAGUGAGAAGAAGCCAGCUUGCCCCAGUAUGCUGGGUAUUACCAGCACAGUUUGAGGAGUUUAUGAUGACUGCUGAUGCUAUGGGCAAGGAUGUAAGAUGGGUCUUCAAGUCACCAGGAGGUGGUAUACAGGUCCUACAACCAACCAGAGACAAAGAUUAUGAACGAAUUAAACAGUACCGUAGUGAAAGAGCGGUUGUCCAGCAAUAUUUCCCCAAUCCUCUACUCAUAUUUGGUUCACCAGUCAGCGUCCAUGCCUACGUCUUGGUGACAUCCAUCAAUCCAUUAAGAGCUUACAUUCACUCUCAGGGUUUGGUGUUCUUCAGACAUGAUUACCAGAAAGGAUUUAUCAAGAUCCCUAGCAGAACUUGGUCCCUGGCUCAAUUCCGGCAGUAUUUAGUCCAGAGCUAUGGGUCUCAGGUCACCCAUACAGUAUUCCAGAACCUUGAAACAGUGAUUACAGAAACACUUCUUAUAGCUGAGCCAUCUCUGGUGGCUGAUUUUUCACAAUUCUUUCAUCCAUGGGAACAACCAUACAGAUGUUCACACUGUUACCAGCUUCUUGGUUUUGACAUCAUAUUCAAUUCCACCUUUCACCCCAUUGUUAUAGAGGUGACCGGGCAACCUCAUCUCCAAUCUAGUGAUGUCGAUCAGCAAUGGAGUAAUAACAUCAUCAAGCAAACAACUGUAGAGGAGUCUAUAUCCUUACUGUUCUCUAACAAGAGAGUCGCGAGAGAGGUAGCAGCUGCACUGAAUAAGCUUCAUAUUGGAAUACUGAGAUUUGGAUGCAAUGAUACGGGCAUAUGUUUGAGUGAUGGAGAUCUAGAGUUCUUAAUGACAUCAAGGAGAGAACAGCUUUCUAUGGAUAGCUUUAGACCGCUCUAUCCAUCAGCAGACAUUGAGAAGUACAGCCAUCUCCUCCAAGAAAUAGAACAUUUGACAUCCUCUCAACCCAGACAUGAUGAUACCAUACCACUACCUACUCCUCCUAAUACACACUCUACCAAAGAACUCCAUCCUAUAUUGGUCGCUACGGAAACCAUGUAUCUUGAGGAGGAGAGGGGAGCUUUGAGUGGAAUGGAUGAAGAGGGAGAUGAAGAGGGAGAUGACGUAGGGGAUAAGGAUGAUGAUGGUAUACUCAUCAAGAAUAUCUAUGGUCUUGAUCCAAGGAGGAGUGAUAUGAAAGGGCCUAGGUGUAGCGAGGAUCCUGACACCAUGUAUUUACUAGCUGCCCUACAAACCUGGCCGGUUCUUAACAUGACCUUUGACCCUCACCAGACGGAUUAUCAUACUGAGGUUGCCCAUGAUCAGAUAGUUAUACAGAUAGGAGCUUAUGCAAUGAGCUGUGACUGUGAGGCGAGACUGGAGGACAAGUAUGGGGUAGCAAGGCCUGUCAACUUUACUUUGGGCCUAGGAAACAAUCGUAUCAACAUCUAUGUAGUGGACAUCACUCACUCAAAGCCAUGGGUACUCGAUGAAUACACAGUUUACAUCCGAAGACAUCAUUACAGAACCAGUUUUACAUUCAUUGGUUUAGAAGAGAGACAGGCAGUCUGUACACUCGUCCAGGACUGUAAUUUACCCUAUCUCUCCCAUCAUUCUUGUGGGCUGAGACUUCUUGCUGAUGUGAGCUGGUCAGAGGUCAUAGCCAAGGCAACCAGUCUACCUUUCUGUACCAGUGGUGAUGCACCAGGUCAGUGGCUCGUACCAUGUGAGAAAUGUUCAGAUGAAAGGUCAUGUGACUGGGAUAAAGCAAGAUGGCAGCCACAUGACUGUCGGUAUAGAGAGAUUAGCCAAUCAGAGGCAAGACAAUGCUUAGCUGGCAAGAAGUUAUUAUUCAUUGGUGACUCUACUAACCGUGGGAUCAUGUACUACCUGAUGGAAAGAAUGAAUAGCUCCCUCUAUGAAUGGGACAAGACACAUGACACCAAGCUAUACACAAACCUGAAUGAUAGACAAACAUCAGUCAGUUUUUCUUACUACCCUCAAUUCUGGUUACCUACAAAGGAGAGACCUGUAUUUGAGCAAACGUUUGAGCAGCUUCUUGGGAUAGCUGGUCCGCUAUCAAACAACUCUGAGACUGUUCUAGUGAUGGGAGGGGUUCAUUGGAUGGCUAUACAUCAUCUCACAGUGGUACAACAUGUAUUACAUAGGACUGGAUUGACUGGUAUCCAGAAGAUAGUAAAAGGCCUCGGAGCUGGGUUUCAUCAACCUGUAGAUGGUAUACACUGUCUCACUAUAGCAGAGCAGAGGAAGGUGUACCUUCAUAACCAAGGUCUUCAACAUGCUGCAUCUCAAAUGGGCUGCCAGUUUGUAGAUACAUUCAACAUGACCAUGGCGAGAUACAGGGAUUUCUUAGAAGGAAAAUGCGCUUGCCACUUUCAUAAGGUUGAAGAGAUGAACAGUUACAGGUCACAAGAGGGAGCCCUCCAUCCUCAGCCUAAUUCAAAGUGGGUCAAAGGUGAAGAUAGGACUGGACUAUAUCAUGUGACCGGUCGCAUCAAUGCUGCAUAUUCAGAGAUCUUGCUUGCACAGAUAUGUGAUGUGAGAUGAGAUGAAGACCGGUACAGAGAGAGAGGUCAAGGUGACCAGAGGUCUAGAGGUUGGAUUAGAUGACAUCAGGCAGGUGAGAUUGAGGGUGGAACAGACAUGCUCUACACACCUUGCUAUGUUAGAGCAGUUUGGAUAGGCCUAAAAAUUGACUUGUCAGAUUUAUUUGUGUAAGUUAGUUAGGUACCGGUAGAUUUUUGAAAUUCUAAAUGGCUGCAAAACUUCAUAUUGGCAUAAGAGCCAACAUUAAAGGUUGACACAUGGUAUCCAAAUACUUGACGAUUUAUAUUAUGUUAUAUGAUCGAAGUAUUAAAGAAUUGCCUUGUCACUCUACUGUAACAGUAGUGUACAUACUGGUAGCAUUACAAGGCUAGUAAAUAGAAAACAAAAAGUAACAGGGUGAACAUGGCUACAAUACAAUAAAAACAUAAAUUAUGUGUAUGUAAAGAGAGAGAGAGAGAGAG